AUGGGCAGUGAAUACUACGCGAACAUCACCGCGACUCUCAGCGAUCUGUACAAGCGAAAGGCAAAACCGAUCGAAGAGGACUCUGCGUUCGCCGAGUUUGCAACGCCCGCGCUGACGGAGGGGGACUUCAAAGGCAACCCGAUCAUCUUUUUGUUGGGGCAGUACAGCACGGGCAAAACGACGUUUGUGAAGAACCUGCUAAACGUGGACUACGCAGGUUUCCGCAUUGGGCCGGAGCCGACGACCGAGAACUUUCUGGUGAUCAACUGCGAGCACGGCGCGAACAAGGGCGUGACGCUGGGACAGGCCGCGGUGCUAGACCCGGCGAAGCCGUGGAACCAGCUGGCGCAGUUCGGCGAAGGCUUUUUGUCGCGCUUCCAGAUGGUGACGGUCGCGAGUCCGCAUUUCCGCAACUUGACGUUGAUCGACACGCCUGGAAUAUUGUCGAACAUGAGCAGCGCACAGCGCGGCUACGACUACGAGGGAGUGGCGCGCUACUUGGCGCAGAAGGCGGACUUGAUUUUGUUCUUCUUCGACGGCUUCAAGUUGGAUCUCAACGCAGAGGUGUGCGCGUGCCUGAACGCGCUAAAACGCUUCGAGGGCAAGCUGCGCGUGGUGCUGAACAAGGCGGACGCCGUCUCGAGUGUGCAGCUGGUGAAGGUGCUGGCGACAUUGAUGUGGAACCUGGGCAAAGUGAUCCACACGCCGGAGCUGCCGAAGAUUUACGUGGGGUCUUUCUGGAACGUGCCAUACAAGCCGCACCCGCUGGUGGAGCUGUUCUCGACCGACUCAUGUUUGCUCUACCACGAGAUCGUGUCGCUCGGAAACGCGAGCAUCACGCGAAAACUGGACGACUUGGUCCGGCGCUUCAACGCGGCGCACGCGCACGCACUGGUGCUCGCGCACAUUCGAAUGCAGACUCCCACGCGCGCGACACUGGACGGCGUGCUAGACCCGCGGACGCUCGCGAUUCUGCAGCGGCUGCAGAGUCGCGCGCAGUUCACGCACGUGAACUCAGUGGUGAGCACCGGCAAGGAGGCGAACGUGUACGUGGCGGCGGGCUGCGUGGGCAGCGCCGAGCAGCGCGCAGCGCGGCUAAGCGCGGUGAAGGUGUUCAAAACGUCGAUUUUGACGUUUCGAAACCGCGCGCAGUACGUCGAGGGUGAGCGGCGCUUCCGACAAGGCUUCGCGAAAUGCGCGAACCCGCGACGCAUGGUGAACCAGUGGGCGGAGAAAGAAUUCCGUAACCUGCGACGUUUGGUCGACGAAGGAGUGCGCGUCCCGGCGCCGUUCGCACUGAAGAGCCACGUGCUGCACAUGGCUUUUUUGGGCGAAGACUUUCACGCGCCGGCUCCGCGGCUGAAGAACUUCGCGGCGGCGACGCGCGGCGAGUGGCUGCGGCUGUACGUGGAGGUGGCGGCGACGAUGCGGCAGCUGUUCCAGCGCGCGAAGCUGGUGCACGGCGACCUGAGCGAGUACAACCUGUUGGUGUUCCGCGGGCAUCCGUACGUGAUCGACGUCAGCCAGAGCAUCGACACGGCGAACCCUCGCGCACUGGCGUUUCUGGAACGCGACUGCGUGAACGUGACACGUUUUUUCGCGCGCAAAUCAGAAUUCGGUUCCACCGCUGCGUAA